AAUUGAUUUUUAAAAGGGCAUAAUGCCUUCUGUAGACGUGAUGGCUCCUCCGGGCCAAAUACUCGACGGGCCUCCUGAGGAGCCACCACCUCCGCCUGCGCCCGUCAUCGGCAUUAUUUAUCCGCCGCCUGAAGUUAGGAAUAUUGUUGACAAGACUGCAAGUUUCGUAGCACGCAAUGGCCCAGAGUUUGAAGCACGCAUCCGGCAGAAUGAAAUCGGGAAUCCCAAGUUCAACUUCCUGAAUUCUGGAGAUCCGUACCAUGCUUAUUAUCAACACAAGGUUAAGGAGAUCAGGGAAGGAAAAGGGAUAGAACCUUCAGGUCUUGCUCCUCCUGGUCAGCCCCCAUCCCGGCCUGGGCUAGCCCCGGCAACCGCGGCGCGCCAGCAGGAGCUCCUCAAGGCGGCAGCGCCCGCGGAGCCACCGCCGCCGCGCGAUCCUCCGCCAGACUUCGAGUUCAUCGCCGACCCUCCAUCCAUCUCAGCUCUAGAACUCGACAUCGUGAAGCUCACAGCGCAAUUCGUCGCCAGAAAUGGACGCCAGUUCCUAACCGACCUGAUGAAAAAAGAAGAACGCAACCACCAGUUUGAUUUCCUACGCCCUCAGCAUUCUCUAUUCCAGUACUUUACCCGGCUUCUCGAGCAGUACACUAAAGUACUUCUCCCGCCUAAGGAGCUGGUUUCAAAGUUGAGCAAUGAAGUUCGCAGCGGGAUAUUGGAGCAGGCGCGCAGCCGCGCCGCGUGGCAUUCGCAUCAGGCACGCCGCAAGGCCGCCGACGAGGCGAGGAUCGAAAAAGAAAGACUCGCCUACGCCUCGAUCGACUGGCACGACUUCGUCGUCGUCGAAACUGUCGACUACCCAGCUGGCGAAAUGGGCGACUUCCCGCCGCCGACGACGCCGCUAGAAGUCGGAGCUCGUGUUCUGGCUCAAGAGAGAGGCGAAGACAUCAAUCAUCAGGAAGACGACGACACCGAAAUGCAGUUGGAAUCGGACUCUGAAUCCGAGUCAGACGAAGACUUGGCCGAAAUGGAGGACCGCACCCACCACCAGCAGAGGCCCGACGACAAUCGCGUGCAAGAUAUGGAAGAGGACAGUUCGUCUUCGGACGACGAGGGUCACCCGGAUUCGGUACCGAAGCUCUCGUCGGAGGAGGCUCCGAUGCCGCCGCGGCCCGACAUGGUGAUCGUGAAGAAGUACAACCCCAAGGACCCGAAGACGCGGCCGACGCCUUCGGCGGCCAACGAGGAGUGGCUGGUGUCGCCCAUCACGGGCGAGAAGAUCCCGUCCAACAAGGUGGCCGACCACGUGCGCAUCGGCCUGCUGGACCCGCGCUGGCUGGAGCAGCGCGACCGCGCCGCCGCCGAACGUUCCGAUCGCGACGAGGCGCUCGCCCCCGGCGCCGCCAUCGAGGCUUCGCUCAAACAGCUCGCAGAGCGCCGAACGGACAUCUUCGGCGUGGGCGACGAGGAGACGGCGAUCGGCAAAAAAAUCGGCGAGGAGGAGAAGCGGCGCGACGACCGCGUCACCUGGGACGGUCACACUAGCAGCGUGGAAGCCGCCACAAGGGCUGCGCGGGCGCACAUCACGCUCGAGGACCAAAUCCAGCAGAUUCACAAGGUCAAGGGGCUGCUGCCCGACGAGGAGAAGGAAAAGAUCGGGCCCAAGCCCGUGGGUAGCGCCACGCUGGUGGGGCGGCCGGCACCGGCACGUCCGGCGAUGCCCGCCGCCGUGCGCACCGCAGCGCCCGUACUACCCGUGCUGCAGCCCAUCCCGCCGCUCAUGGUCAUCCCACCACUGGCGCCGCGCCCGCCGCUCAUCCCUACGCCGGUCGGCGCGCCGACGUUCGGGUACUCGGCGGUGGCUGCCGCCCCGUCUGUGGCCCCGCCCGGCACGGUGGAGGAGGAGGAGGGCCCCGCGGCGAAGCGCGCCCGCACCGAAGACGCGCUGGAGCCUGAGCACAGCUGGCUCGCGAGGCAUCCGGCUGCAGUGCCCAUACAGGUGAUGGUGCCGUCGCUGCCAGAGCGAGUGGAGUGGCGUCUGGAUGGGCGCGCGCUGGCGCUGUCGCUGCCGCUGGCUACGUCAGUCGCUGACCUCAAGACGAUGCUGCAGCGUUCCACUAACAUGCCGCAGGCCAAGCAGAAGCUGCACUACGAGGGUCUGUUCUUCAAAGACACGAAUACGCUGGCAUACUACAACGUCCCUCCGGGCGCCGUCAUCCAGCUGCAAGUUAAGGAGCGUGGUGGACGUAAGAAGUAAUACGCUAGUUUGGUCUUCAAGUAUCCAAAUUGCGAUAGGCAAUUC